CUAAACUUUUAUAGGAAAUUAGGAGGUAACAAAGGAGAUCGCUGCCAUUUAAUUACCCCGAAAAUUGCCAUAGCAAAUUGUUAAUCAAACAACACCAAUCAGCAUAUAGCAUACAAUGUUAAAAUUGGGUUUCUAAGAAAAAACCGAAACAACAAAAAACAUAAAUGGGAAUUAAAAACGACUAUCAAAUACCUAACCCAAAAAAUAUAAUCGUAGUUAAAAUAACAUAGUUUAGCUUACAGAUUAUUAAAGUGUCAGUAAACUAGAAAAGUCGACUGCAACUUAUCAAAAGUAUAAACUGAAAAUGGACAAAUUAAGUUUCCAGCCGAACACUACAAUUAAAUAACUGGGUGGACACCUCUUAAUCGCCACAACUCAACUUCUCAACGCUUAAGAAAUCUGUCGCUUAAAGGUCCAAAAGACAAUUGCCAGUCAAAUUCCGGUCACGAUCUUAGCAUGUUCUCAGAAACAAAGUUGCAAGUGCAGCGAUUCAGAUACAAAAGUAUCUGAAACAACAGCAAUAGCAACCUUUUGUGUCCCGUGAGUAAACUUUGAUCUUUUGUGCAGACCCCGGAUCGAAUUGUGUUGCAUUUUGAGUUCCACACAAAAAUAUUUAAAGAGAUUAUUAUGGUUUAGAUAAGAUAGCAAUACAAUUGUAUUUCUUUUUAUUUUGCCAUAUAUUUAUUUGUCAUAUUUACAUGUUCAAAUAAUAGCGUUAACACCAAUUAAUUUGUCAUUACUAGACACCUUAAGCCGUUUAUAUUGGCGUACUAUAGAAUUCAUGUAAAAAGUGCACAAAAACUAUAAAAAAUAUCUACAAGUCCCCACCUGACAGCACAUAUAAAAAAAGAUUUAAUAAAGAUUAAAUAGCUAUCUAGAUUAAAAAGCAAUAUUACCUGUCUCUUUUUGAUUGAGUAAUCAUUUUAACCCGAAUACAGAAAGAAUAAUUAUUUGUGAAUUACAGAAAAAUAUUAAUGUUAAACGGUGAAAUACUAACUUGUAUUUAUUGGCUGGCUAAACAAAGUGGUUUGUAAUGCUACUGCUGCCUCUGUUUUUCUUGACCUUUUCUUUGAGACCGGAACCCAAUGGAGCGGCGCAAAUUCUGGGCUUGUUCCAACAUCCCGGCAAGAGUCACUUUGACUUCUUUAGACCCAUGUUUUUGGCCCUGGCGGAAAGAGGUCACAACAUCAGCAUGUAUAGCUAUUUUCCACUCGAGAAACCAGUGGCCAACUAUACGGAUUUUGUCUUCCAGGGAAUGCCUCUUCUCACAGAUAUUGUAGAUCUCAAGAAUUUCGAAUCGGAAUGGAAGCCCCUGGGACUGCCCUUCAAGGUGCCCACAUUCUUUAUGCUGAAUGAUUGGGGACUUCGAUCCUGUAGAGUGGCUUUGAACUCACCCCUCAUCGCUCAGCUUCUGGAAUCCCCCAUCCGCUACGACGUCAUAAUACUGGAGCAUUUCUCCAACGAUUGUAUGGCAGCGGUGGCCCACCUUCUGAAGGCACCUGUAAUCGCUUUGAGUAGCUGUGCCAUAAUGCCUUGGCACUACAAACGAAUGGGCAGUCCGUUCAUUAACCCCAUUAUGCCCAUGAAUUUCCUGCCCUACACAGAUGAGAUGAGUCUGAUCGAUCGACUGAAUAAUUUCUUCCAUUUUCACACCGUAAAUACACUGUACAAUUUGAUUACCCAACCAGCCACCGAUGCGAUGAUCGGUCAGAGAUUCGGACCUGGGCUGCCACCCAUCAAUGAGAUCGUGAAGAAUACGAGUCUGAUGCUGAUCAAUCAGUACUAUGCCUUAACUGGUCCACGCCCCUAUGCUCCAAAUGUGGUGGAAGUGGGCGGAUUGCAAGUGGGCCCACAAAAACCGCUGCCACAAAUAAACCGCUUGUCUAAGGUCGCAGAACUCUUUAUCAAAUAUCCCCGGACAUUUUAUUUCGUUGAAUAAACGCAAAACAUUUAUUAGAUCUUUUGGAUCGCUCUCCCAAUGGAAUCAUUUAUAUCAGCUGGGGCUCCAUGGUGAACACAAACACACUACCUUCAGCCAAAAGAAAUGAGCUUUUC